AUGCCAGAGAAUCUGGUAGAUGACAUAGGCCUGGACAUCUGGCCGGCCAGUGGUAUUCUCUGUCGAUUCCUGACAGAUCAUCCCGCCUUUGCAAAAAUCGCCACAUCAGUUCUAGAGCUCGGCGCAGGCCUGCUGGCAGCCCUCCUAGGUGAGGCUUCCUUGACGCUGUCUGACUACGAUCCUCAGGUUCUGGAUGUGCUGCAGCAGAAUCUGGACGCGAAUGGCCUGUCAGGCCGCGGCAGAGUGCAGCAGAUAGAUUGGAAGCGCUGGAGGGGUGACCCUGACUUUGGCCGCUUUGAUCUGCUGCUGGGAGCUGACCUCCUCUAUGCCAGCACCAUUGUUAAAGAUUUUGUGGAGGUCUUAAAGCUCCUGCUGGAUCCGCGUGGUGUCUUUCUGAUGGCUCAUCAGACACGACGCUCGAUCGUGCUUGAUCCAAAGACGAGGAUACCUAGACUGGAAGACUUUGAUGAGCCACUGGAGCGGUUCAAGAAAAUAGCGAAAGAGGCUGGCAUGCACUUGCGCGAGCUGCUUGUAGUGAAGCCGGAAACUCCCGGCAGCAUGUCAGACGGCGAGUUCUGUGUGCUUGCUGUUGGCUGGGAACGGUCAGAUCUUGAGAGUCUGCCCUUGUAA